AUGCCACGCAAUGAGGAUAAAGAAAAUGAUAUUAUAGUGUCUAUGGACGAGGAAGGAGUAUUUCCUCAAACGCCUGCACAUUUGUUAAAAAGGACGCGUUCCACAGUACUUAAACCACCACCAUUGGCCGAGAAACAGGAGCCAAAUAGGGCUAAGGGAGAUUUGAAAAGCAGGAAUGUCUCUCCCCUGAGGAGGCUCUGUGUACAGCAGGGUAGACUACCGCUAGCAUCUAAAGAUAACAACAGGUCUGGCGGAAUUACGCAAGCAACACAGUCACAAAUGCAACCUAUUUUGUUAAAGGACAAUUCUACGCAGCUUAAAAAACACAAACAGCCUCUUUUUGAAAGACAAACCAAUAGAUCUGAGCAUGCACAUAUUUUGGCAAAUCCAAGAAAGUUACAAAAAUACGGAUCUGUGCUUGGCUGUAAUGCACUGCCUAAGAUGAAAAGUCUUGUUCUCAAGGACGUCGACAAGGGAGGCGAAGAUGAAGAUGACGACGAAGAUGAAGGAGAUAACUACGAGGAUAAACUUUUAAGGAGCAAGCUACAGGGCGCCAUCAACGAAUCCAAAGACAAAGUUUAUCAAAGCGAGAAAGGGAGAAUUGGCUUAUUUCACGAUAAUGGACUUGAACAACUGAUACGAGCCACAUCAGAAAAAAAUAAAGACGAAGAGGAUAAAGAAAUUGAAUCCGGCCCCAAGAAGUAUGAGUCCCUUCCAUAUAUCCCAAGUGGGUACAUUCCUCCAAAUGAUGCAGAUAUUGAGAAACUAAAGACAUUCCACUUGCCAUCUGAGGUCUCAGGAGUAAAUGAUGAAGAAGACAGUGACUCGAGUCGAUACGGUGAGCUUUUGGAGCUUGAAAAUUUUUCUGAUAGCGAUGAGGCUGUAACUGAGAAUACCGCCAAUUUCAAAGGAAAUCGAUACAAGUCGGCGGAGUUCGCUGUGCCAGGUCUUGUUGAACUUGAGCCUUGUUUCAAAGGCGAGGGAUUAAGUUCCAAAGAAUUGAAUGAUCUUUUGAAUGAUUAG